AUGACGGCGGCGUCGUUCGUACACGGGUCGCUCGAGGUCGUGGCCGCCCAGCCGUUUGUGAGUUUCGACUCGUUUUACAAGUCGGCGACGAGUGCGUCGACGUCGGAGUUUGCGUCGCCGGCCGAGAACCCGUUGGCGCCGACGCUGACAAAAGAGGGCUACUACACGAUGCCGGAUCUGGCGCUUCUUCGCACGAUGACGACCAAGGAGCUCCAGAGCGUCGACAACUUUGCCGUCGGCUGCAAGGGCCUCGGGUGCGUGCA